AUGACCGUCACAAACAUUUUAAUCAUACUUAAUCUGGGAUGUGAAAUGCUGUACGUGAUCGAUCAACGAUUGAAGGCCCAAUCCAUACCGUUGGACAAAUCUGCACAAGUGUUGCGUGAGAUUACCGAGGUACUAUUGGAUCCCAAGUUUCUGCACUAUAUUGCCACCGCAUAUCAGCAAAGUAUGCUGACCGUUCAACAGUGCCGCGUACUCCUGACGGAUAUUGCAUGCUGCUCUUUGAUGCGGUUAGACAUCAGCUCCAUGGACAAGCUGUGGGACCUGAUGGUUAUGAUAUUCAAAUGGCAAAUGUUUAUUACUAACAAGAACGCUCAAAUGCUGCUGGACCUAACUUUUCGCCACCUUGACGGAAUAGGACGUUUGAUUCCGGAAAUGCGCAAGCAAAUUCUAAUCGAUAACGUAAAAAAAUCGCUUCUUGAGCUGUGGGAACCGUUGUGUGAGGAUGAGCAGACUAUCGUUCAUCGGAAAGUGUACAAAUGGCUGAAACCGUACAACACAAAAAUAUCCAUUCUCAUACGAAUGGGGUUACAGAAAACAAACGGAGAGUUUGAGGCAGAACCAAAAAAUAACAUAUUUUACAAUUACUAUGUCAACAACAUUGGGGAAAACAUAUACUCUAAAACAGCAAAUCUGGCCGCACUGAAAGCCCAGAGUGAUUCCGUUGGUAGUACAAGUAGUUCAAACAUGGAUAUGAUAACAGCAGGACACGAAAUCGAUACACUCGUACAGCAGUUGAAUAUUCAGCAUGAGCCAACAGAAGAGAUAGCAAGCAAUGAAACUAAAAUCUCUCAAUCAGUGUCUCACGCGAGUUCGGUGCACGGUGGACUGAAUGAGAUAGUAAUUGCAGAAGAUGGCAACAAUGCGGACACUAAUAAUCUUCCUUCGGCAAAUACCAAUGGAAAAGAAACCGAUCCUGAAAAGGAAACCUCACCGGAAGGACUUUGCUCUAGCACUAACUCAAAGGAAAGUAAUCUGGAGAAGUUGAUGAAGAAAAUAAAACUCGAAAAAGAAGACUUCAUAGUACCCGACAGCGCACCAAUAGAUGCAAAUGAAGAGUUGCUAAAAAUGUUUGAUGAAAAUUUACAAUUGUGA